AUGGAACAGGAACAAUCUAAGCAAAUGUUUAGAAAAAAUAAAAUAAGCGUUGCUGAAAAGCAAUUUCGGGAUAAAGUUUUUGAAAAGCGUGAAUCUCUUCUAACAAUUCUUCUUCUCAAAACAGAUAUUUUGUGUGUGAGAAAUAUGUUUCUUGCAGCAUUUGUAUUGCUUUUUUUGAAGACAAUUUUCGAGGAUACUAUAAAUUAUGGCAACCCUUUCAAUCAUUUAUGGCUAACUGCUUGGAAUUUCAAGCAGUUACCAAUAACUAUGUUAUCAUGGGCUGUUUUAUUCAGCAGUACUUUACUUAUACAUUAUACAUUACGAAUUUGGAGUAAAAUGUCAUGCAGAACGAUGAAAAGAGAUUCUCUUAUUUUGAUUGUUUUCUAUAUAAUAUAUUUGCUUGCAUUCUUUUCUUUUGGUAUUAAGUUUACUUUAAUGAUGGAACUUGAAUGCGCUUGCGCAUUCAUUAUUGGCUGUGAAUCUACACGAUUUGCAAUGAAAGUUCAUUCUUUUGUACGUGAAAUAUAUCCAUUGGUAAUUGCAUUGAAAGCGCAAGUUGAUAAAAAUGCCUACAACAAAGAAGAAGCUGAAUAUGCUACAAAUGAAAAUAGUUCAAAAAAGUUUCCAACACUUAGCCAAUACGUUUAUUUUCUAUUCUGCCCUUCAUUAGUUUAUCGGCAGUCUUAUCCAAGAAAUUCAUCUUGCAACUGGAAAAAAGUGAGAAACUACGCAACACAAAUUUUACUUACACUUUAUUUUGUAAAUCUUGUUUUUGUACAAAUGAUUCUACCUCGAUUUAUGAUAGUCGAUCUAACUACGGUAUCACUCUCAGAUAUAAUAAGUAAUGUGCUUGCGUCAGUUUUACCUGGAAUGCUAUGCCUUAUAAGUUUAUUCUAUGGUCUUUUGCAUUGCUGGCUGAAUAUGUUCGCUGAAUUAUUGCGCUAUGCUGAUCGGCAAUUUUAUUUGAAUUGGUGGAGUGCGAAAUCAAUGGCUGAAUAUUAUCGUUUUUGGAAUUUAGUCGUAUAUGAAUGGUUGUAUGCUUACGUUUACAAAGACAUCUCUUUGCUAAUUGGAGGCAAAAAAGGUGUCAUAGUCGCGCAAACACUGGUAUUCUUCUUGUCAUCUGCUUUUCAUGAAUAUUGGCUUGGAUUAGCUUUCAGAAUGUUUUAUCCAGUUCUAUUCACUUUAUACUUUGUUUUUGGCGGUAAUUUUUUCAAUAUUUAA